GUCAGUUAUUGUAGUCUCUACCAUGGCGACGGCGACGCUACUGUUGCCCAUCUGUGGAGUGGCACUAUUUCUGUCAAUGCUAGUAAACCCAUGUUACUCCCAGCAGUUUGCGAUUUCGUUUCAGCGUCCUGCAGAUUGCGACGUAGAACAUUUCUAUGAUAUUUCCAGUCUGUCCUGUGUGAAAUGCGGACCAAACCAGAGGCGAAGUGCAACUGGCUUUUCUUGUGAUUGUGUGACUGGUUAUAGAGUUCUCGCCACCAACGGAGCUUCCAUCACCUGUCAGCAGUGUCCACCAGAAAAACCUGCAGUAACAGAGGAUGGCUAUGGGUGUAUUCGCUGUCCCGGCAUUCUGACUGAGCAAGGAACCUGUCAGUGUCCACCAGGAAAUAUACUGGUGGAGAGGGAUGUCCAAGGGAACCCACUUGAACAGGCUAGGUGUGAGGUGUGUAAUGGCACUGACCCCGCCCUGUCAUCCCCCAACAACUACGGAGACAGGUGUGAGAGAUGUCAGACUUCCUUCAUUAACACCUCUCAGUCCUGUGUGUGUGGCUCCAACAUCCUGGCCGGGGGUUUGUGUUUCCCUCCCAACAACCUACCUGUCCCUACAGCUAUCAACCCAAACGUCAACUAUGCAGAGUUGACCAUCCCUGUUCAGUCUGCAUGGUUCUACAAGAACCUCUACUCUUCAGCAGCUGCCUGCUUGGUGUACACUAACCUGACAGCGUGUCAAGCACUGGGGAACAUGUGUGUGAUGAACAUGCACUCCUUCAGCAGCGUGGCCAACGAUGCCUGCGGUCUGUACAACACCAUCUUCAGAGCUACCGCUGCCCUGGGCUCUACGCAGGACAUUUCCUACUGGAGAGCCAAUCUGCCGUGGCUUUACUACGGCGACCAGCCGGGACUUGCCAAUCGUGUGCUGCAGACUGAUCCCCUCCCUACUGGGUUCAGCUUCAAGGGACUGAACAGGAAUGCCGACGUGAACCUGGUGGCUGCUGUCUACAGUGCCAGGGGAGACUUCCUCCAGUGGGAGACAGUGGGAGGAAACAACCUACAGCUCUGUCCAGACAGUCCCAGCAGACAGAAAGCUGCCUACGUCUUUGGCACGGCCUACCAGGAGACUUGUGUUCUCUCCGUAGCAGACCUCUUGCAUAUGUACACUGAGCCUCUGUUUUAUGAUGUGUUUGUGGAUCUGAGCCAAGGGAAAGACAGGAGACUACUCCCUCUCCCCACAUGCAACCUCAACCAACAAUACAAUGGGAAGUUCAUCAACCGGGGAAACAAGAACGACUGGUACCUAUCGAGGCGUGUGUUACUGGUGGACACUCUGAGUGGGAGAGAGAAGAGCCUAAGCUCUCUGCCAAAGGUCAUGCGCAUCGCCAGCAGCAUCAGGAUUGGGUUCCAGCUGGUUCCGGGGACUCAGAAGGGCCAGGUGUUCCCUCCCCUCCUGACAGUGUCCUACUCCGACAUCCUCAUCACUGACCCGAACACACAGAGCGUCUCUGUGUCAUUCGCUGUCUAUUACGAGAUGGACCAGACUGAGGCUCGUGUUAAGACAGAUAUUGCCCUAGGUGUAUUGGGUGGCGUUUCUGUUCUGUACUCCCUUGUGAAGACUGCUAGCUGGAAGAGAAGGAUUGGCUCUCCUCUCAUUGGCAUGGAGACCGUAUUGAAGUUCCUGUUGUUCUACGCUGGUGAUCUGGCUAACGUCUUCUUUGUCAUCACUAUGGGAACAGGCCUGUACUGGCUGAUCUUUUACAAGACAGUGGAGGCCCAGCAUUUUGUCUCAGUUCUGCUGCCGUUGCCAGGUCAGCAAGAAGAGAGGUUUAUAACGUAUGUGGGCUGUGCUUUCGCUCUCAAGACUGUGCAGUUUCUCCAUAAGCUCAUUCUGCAGCUGUCAGUGGAUAUCUUCUUCAUUGACUGGGAGAGACCGCGUGGCAACGCCAACAAGCUCGUCCAGGGUAAUGGUGAGGCGAAGCGGGACCACUCUCCAGUCAGCAUCUGGAGGACCUACUUUGUGGCCAAUGAGUGGAAUGAGAUCCAGACCGUACGCAAGAUCAGCCCCACCUUCCAGGUCAUGGCUGUCCUCUUCCUACUGGAGGUGGUUGGGUUUUCUAGUCUGGCCCUGAGGGACCCAUGGUCAGACCUGCAGCGCUCCCCUCAGUCCUACUCCCCUCCCUACAGCCUGAUACUGCGCUAUGGACUGGCCGCCACCCUCUGGGUCUGCAUGGGACUGCUGCAAAUGGUUUUCUUCACGGUGUUCCAUGAGCGCUUUGUGGAGGAUAAAAUCCGUCAGUUUGUGGAUCUUUGCUCAAUCAGCAAUAUCUCGGUGCUGCUGCUGUCCCACAGGUGUUUUGGGUACUAUAUCCAUGGGCGCUCCGUCCACGGCCACGCUGACACCAACAUGGAGGAGAUGAACACCAACCUGAAGAGAGAGGCCGAGUCUCUGUGUGGUCAGAGAGGUCUUCUUCCCAACACAGACACUCAGACCUUCCAGGUCUCUAUCACCAGCCGACUACGCCAGCAAUACGACCGCAUCCUGGAGCCUCUGAGCAGGAGGAAUGGACCGUCGCGGCUGGUAGAUGCAGCCUCGGGACACCCCUUUGACCAGAGCACCAGAGCCUACAACACCAUGAACCGUUUCCUAGGAUCUGUCAUUGACCAUGCCCAUCGCGACAUGGAAUACAUUGUGAGAGACAAACUGUUUUUUGAGAGAGUCAUAGGGAUGGAGUUCAUGGAGCCCAUGGACAAGAGCAUCUUCUAUAAUGAUGACUCUCAUUCAUUCAGUGACAUCCUGUUCUAUGGGAAUGAAGCUACUCUGCUGAUAUUCGACACGCUCUUCUUCUGUGUGGUCGACUUGGGAGCACAGAGCUUUGUACUAGCAGCCAUACUCACGUACGCACAGCAACUGCUCUUCCGAUUGAUCCGUGACACUGUUGGGCGGAGAAACCUGGCAAACAAGACCUUGGUGGACAAGAGAUUUCUUAUAUAGUUACUGUUGUCUGAGUAUUACAUAGAUGACACUAGAUUAGAAAUGCGCCUGGCUUGUUAAAGAGCACGUUUUAAAACGUUGGGAUGAAGUAUCCGUGUACAGGCAGGGGGAUUGAAUGCUGGGACAGGGGAACCAGCCUUCAGUUCACUUUUAAAGUUCACAAGUGCUUAAGUUACAGUUCCAAUAUACCAUUUCAUAGCUGCUGUGUAAAGAGGUUCCUUUCUGGUUCAGGUUAUCUGCGGCAAAAUCUAGUGUUUUCCCCCUGUGGAAGUGGUGGUUUGUGUCAUCCGCGAUGCUAUGCCUUGUUAGUGACAGGCUCUGCCUUGGCAGCUGUGUAAGAGUAGUAUAAAUGUUUUUGUUGACAAUUUGGCAGCCUCCAAAUGAAAUGUAUUUAUACUUGUGCUUUUUAUUGUAUUUAUUUUUUGUUU